AUGAAGGUGCGAAAGAUGGGCACGCUUGAGUUGCACAUUGAGCAGGACGUGGAGACCAUCCGGCCCUACCUCAAGGCGGUGCUCCCGAUGCUGCAGGAGGCGCUGACCGACCCAGUGGCGGAGGUGCAGCGCGAGGCCGCAAAGGCCUUCGGGGUGUUGGAGCAGGUGCUCCCCGAGUACUCGCGCAAUAGGAACCAGCCGUACCUCUUCGGCAAGCUGCGCGCGGGCAACGUGGGUGAGCAGCUCGGCGCGGCGCUCGCGCUCGCGGAGGUGCUGCUGAAGAUGGACAAGUCCAAGGUGCCAGAUCUCGUCCCCGAGAUCCAGGCGGGCGCCAUCGACACGAAGGCGUCCGUGCGCCGGGGCUUCCUGGAGCUGCUCGACACGAUGCCGAACGCGAUGAAGAUGGAUUUCGUGCCAUUCAUCACCAAGCUCUUCCCGCCCAUGCUGAUGGGCAUCUCCGGGGACAAGGACAAGGACGAGGACGCCGGGCUCAAGGCGGCAACCUCGCUGGUGGGGCGCUUCGGCGACUUGUGCCCGCACCUCUUGCUGCCCGGUUUCGAGCAGGUGAUGUGGUCCACCCUGCACGGGGACACGGCGGAGGAGCGGAGCCGGCAACAGGUAGUGCGUGACAAGGCCGCGAUGUUGUUGGGAAAGAUGGCCGAGAAGAUCUUGGAGCACAAGAAGUUUGGGCAGGACCUCCUGUCCACUGACGACUGCUCCGACAAGGCCACGCGCGAGGGGGUGCUGGUGCUCCUGUUCAUCAUGGCGCGGGACAAGGACGCAUCCGUCAAGCGCUACGCCAACGGCGCCUGGAAGACGGCGGGCGGCGCCCCCAAGCUCACCAAGGCGAUCAUGCCCAGGAUCGAGGAGAUGCUUGCGAAGAUGCGCUCCGGCGACCUGGGCCUCGGCGCGCAGAAGCAUGCCGCUCUGGUCACCGAGGAGCUCGUCAAGGGCGGGGAGAUGGAGGCUCCCGCCGGCGACGAGCCACAGGCCGCCGGGCGCUUCGAGCUCGACGCGCCCGAGACCAAGCCCGACAGCGCGGCCGCCCGGAUUGCCGCGGGCAAGGAGCCCGACGACGGCUUCGAGGACACGGGCCUGCAGAGGAGAGCCGGCCGUCGCCGCCGGGGGUGGGGAUGUCCGCGGCGGGCCUGCCGGCAAGACCGCGGGGCGCCUG